AUGCUCCGAAGCUCAAACGAGUGGCAGAAGAGAAACAAUCGCGUGCCGGACGCGGAAAGCAAACGGCAGCGCCGUGCACCGAUCACGAGGGUUGAGAUGAUGUCCCCUCAAGCUGGUGAAGAUUUGGAACGCGGGAGCCGCAAUGGGGCAGCAGCGCCCCUGGGAAAACCCAGGAACUCCCCCGACGAGCCGAAGGUGGACCUCCGUUUUCGCGACGUGCGAUACAGCGUAGAGGUUUCCAAGACGAAGGCGUCUCUGAUGGGGGGGGAGGCCGGGGUGAAGCACAUCCUGAGGGGGGUCAGCGGAGCGGUGGAGUCCGGGCAGAUCUUGGCCAUCAUCGGCUCUAGCGGAGCGGGCAAGACGUCUCUGCUCGACGUGCUUGUCGGAAAGGUAUCGGCCCGCACGAAGGGGCUGAACAUCACCGGCGAUGUAAACGUUAACGGCAAGGCGAUGUCCAAGUCCUUCUUCUUGGAGAACGCCGCUUACGUUCCUCAGGAAGACCGCCUGUGGAGUGCCCUCACAGUUCGGGAAAACCUGACGUUCGCGUGCAAGAUGUACAGCCCGAUGUUGUCUCGAGGAGAGUGCAGCAAGCGCGUGGACGAGGUGCUCGUCAGCUUGGGCCUCGAGGGGUGCCAGCACACGAAGGUCGGAAACAUCUUCCUUAAGGGCACCUCCGGGGGCGAGAAACGACGCACUUCGAUAGGCGUCGAGCUCGUCUUCCUGCGCAAGAUACUCUUCCUCGACGAGCCGACGUCGGGUCUGGAUGCCGGUUCUGCCUCCGAGAUCAUGGACCUGCUAAGGGGUCUGGCGUCGGACACGGGGAUGAUUAUCAUCACCAGCGUGCACCAACCGUCCAGCCGCGUGUUCAACAGUUUCGACCAGGUGAUGCUGUUGACGAUGGGGCAGACGGCCUACUUCGGGCCGGCGGUGGACAGUCUCGCCCACUUCGCGCGCUUGGGCCACGAGCCGAAAGGUCUCGUCAACCCGGCAGACUACCUUCUCGAGAUCACCAACUCCCACUUCAGCGACACAAAAGCCGUGCAGCGGCUGGCCGAUGCAUGGAAGGAGACACCGGCGUGUCGAGCGUUAGAUACCCGUCUUUGUGCACCCGUCUCUCCGCCAUUGGCAGAGGGAUCGAAGGCCGGCUGGCUCUCAUCUUUCCUGCAGCUCCGCGCGCUGGUCGUCAGGACCUCAAUGAACAGCCUGAGGGACCCCGCCGUCUAUGCCCUAAGGUUUACAGUGUAG